AUGGCCAAGCCACAGGACCACUUGAAGGGACCUCACAUAGGUCAUCUGGCCUGCACAGGAAAUACUUGUGGGGCCACUGAGGCCCCCAGUGUGGCCAGUGUCCGGGCCACGACCCAUCCUGGAGCGGACAGGGCUCGGUGGCAGCAGGGUCCUCUGGACGGAGACCAAAGCCUUGGCCCGACCUCCACCGCGCCUCGAACGCGCCAUGGAGGAGACCCCGAGGCCGGGACAGGGCAAAGAAAUGGAGACAGAAAGGAAAAGAGACCCGGGCACUCGGAGACCCAGAGACCAAAGAGCCAGACCCAGAACCCGCUGGCCCAACUGGCGCCCGGAGCGGGCCCCCGGCCGGCGAGAGCCCCGCGCGGCGUGGGGUCCCCGGCGGGCCCGGUGAGGGCGCCCCAGCCCGGGCCGCUCGCCCAAGAUGGCGAUGGAGGGGCGGGCGAGGCGGCCGCGGCCCCAGCCCCCGCGCCGGCCCCCGCUCGGGCCCGGGCCCCCGAGGCCGCGCCCUCGCCCGCGGCGCCGCGCCUCCCCGGGCCACUGACGCCCGGCGCGCCCUCCCCCCGCGGCGGCGGCCGAGGCGCCGGGAGGCGGCGGCGGCGGCUGCGGCGGCGGCCCGAGCCGGGCCCCAUGGCGCGGGGGGACGCGGGCCGCGGCCGCGGGCUGCUCGCGCUGACCUUCUGCCUGCUGGCGGCGCGCGGAGAGCUGCCAUUGCCGCAGGAGACGAUCGUGCAACUGGGCUGUGACGCGGGGCCGCUGCAAGUGAUCCUGGGCCCAGAGCAGGUUGCCGUGCUGAACUGUAGCCUGGGGGCUGCUGCUGCUGGGCCCCCGACCAGCGUGACGUGGAGCAAGGAUGGGGAAGCCCUGCCGGAGCACGACCACCUGCACCUGCUGCCCAAUGGCUCCCUCCGGCUGUCCCAGCCACUAGCCCCUGAUGGCAGUGGUGAGGCAGCCCCUGGAGCCAUGGGAGCCAUCGAGGGCAGCUACUCCUGCCUGGCCCACGGCCCCCUCGGAGUGGUGGCCAGCCAGGCUGCCGUGGUCAGGCUUGCCACACUUGCGGACUUCUCCCUGCACCCGGAGUCGCAGGCGGUGGAGGAGAACGGGACCGCUCGCUUCGAGUGCCACACCCAGGGGCUGCCGGCUCCCGUCAUUACCUGGGAGAAGGACCAGGUGACGCUGCCUGAGGAGCCACGGCUCAUCACUCUGCCCAACGGCGUCCUGCAGAUCCUGGACGUUCAGCAUAGCGACACCGGCUCCUACCGCUGUGUGGCCACCAACGUGGCCCGCCGCCGCUUCAGCCAGGAGGCCCUGCUCAGCGUUGUCCCCAGAGGGUCCCUGGCGUCCACUAGGGGGCAGGAUGUGGUCAUUGUGGCAGCACCGGAGAAUACCACCGUGGUGUCUGGCCAGAGCGUGGUGAUGGAAUGUGUGGCCUCAGCUGACCCCACCCCUUUUGUGUCCUGGGUCCGACAAGACGGGAAGCCCAUCUCCACGGAUGUCGUCGUCCUGGGCCGCACCAACCUGCUCAUCGCCAGCGCGCAGCCCCGGCACUCGGGUGUGUACGUGUGCCGCGCCAACAAGCCCCGCACGCGCGACUUCGCCACGGCCGCCGCAGAGCUGCGGGUGCUGGCGGCCCCGGCCAUCUCGCAGGCCCCCGAGGCGCUGUCGCGGACGCGGGCCAGCACCGCGCGCUUCGUGUGCCGCGCGUCCGGAGAGCCGCGGCCCGCGCUGCGCUGGCUGCACGACGGGGCGCCGCUGCGGCCCAACGGGCGCGUCAGGGUCCAGGGAGGCGGCGGCAGCCUGGUCAUCACGCAGAUCGGCCUGCAGGACGCCGGCUACUACCAGUGCGUGGCGGAGAACGGCGCGGGGACGGCGUGCGCAGCCGCCCCGCUGGCGGUCGUGGUGCGCGAGGGGCUGCCCAGCGCCCCCACGCGGGUCACAGCCACGCCGCUGAGCAGCUCCGCCGUGCUGGUGGCCUGGGAGCGGCCCGAGCUGCACAGCGAACAGAUCAUCGGGUUCUCCCUCCACUACCAGAAGGCACGGGGCAUGGACAAUGUGGAAUACCAGUUUGCAGUGAACAAUGACACCACCGAGCUGCAGGUCCGCGACCUGGAGCCCAACACGGACUAUGAGUUCUACGUGGUGGCCUACUCCCAGCUGGGGGCCAGCCGCACCUCCACCCCCACACUCGUCCACACCUUGGAUGAUGUCCCCAGCACGGCGCCCCAGCUCUCCCUGUCCAGCCCCAAUCCCUCGGAGAUCAGGCUGGCGUGGCUGCCCCUGCCCCCCAGCCUGAGCAACGGGCAGGUGGUGAAGUACAAGGUCGAGUACGGUUUAGGGAAGGAAGAUCAGAUCUUCUCCGCCGAGGUGCCGGGGAACGAGACCCAGCUGACGCUGCACUCGCUGCUGCCCAACAAGGGGUACCGCGUGCGGAUCGCGGCCGGCACGGGGGCCGGCUACGGCGCCCCCUCCCAGUGGGUGCAGCACAGGACGCCCAGCGUGCACAACCAGAGCCAUGUCCCUUUUGCCCCUGCAGAGCUGAAGGUGCGGGCGAGGAUGGAGUCCCUGGUGGUGUCCUGGCAGCCGCCCCCGCACCCCACCCAGAUCUCCGGCUACAAACUGUACUGGAGAGAGGUGGGGGCGGACGAGGAGGCUGACGGCGACCACCCCCUGGGGGGCCGUGGGGACCAGGAGUGGGACGUGGGGCCCGUGCGGCUCAAGAAAAAAGUGAAGCAGUAUGAGCUGACCCGGCUAGUCCCCGGACAGCUGUACGAGGUAAAGCUCGUGGCCUUCAACAAGCAUGAAGACGGCUACGCCGCCGUGUGGAAGGGCAAGACCGAGAAGGCUCCCACGCCAGACCUGCCCAUCCAGAGGGGGCCCCCCUUGCCGCCGGCCCACGUCCACGCAGAAUCGAACAGCUCCACGUCCAUCUGGCUGCGGUGGAAAAAGCCAGACUUCACCACGGUCAAGAUCGUCAACUACACCGUGCGCUUCAGCCCCUGGGGGCUCCGCAAUGCCUCGCUGGUCACCUAUUACACCAGCCCGGGGGAGGACAUUCUCAUUGGCGGCCUGAAGCCCUUCACCAAGUACGAGUUCGCGGUGCAGUCCCACGGGGUGGACAUGGACGGCCCUUUUGGCUCUGUGGUCGAGCGCUCCACCCUGCCUGACCGGCCCUCGACUCCCCCCUCUGACCUGCGUCUGAGCCCCCUGACGCCGUCCACUGUCCGGCUGCACUGGUGCCCGCCCACGGAGCCCAAUGGCGAGAUCGUGGAGUACCUGAUCCUGUACAGCAACAACCACUCCCAGCCCGAGCACCAGUGGACGCUGCUCACCACGGAGGGAAAUAUCUUCAGCGCAGAGGUGCACGGCCUGGAGAGCGACACGCGGUACUUCUUCAAGAUGGGCGCGCGCACGGAGGUGGGGCCGGGGCCCUUCUCCCACCUGCAAGAUGUGAUCACCCUGCAGGAGAGGCUCUCAGACUCCCUGGAUGUGCACUCGGUCACCGGCAUCAUCGUGGGCGUGUGCCUGGGCCUCCUCUGCCUCCUGGCCUGCAUGUGUGCCGGCCUGCGCCGCAGUCCCCACAGGGAAUCCCUCCCAGGCCUGUCUUCCACGCCCACCACUGGGAAUCCAGCGCUGUACUCCAGAGCCCGGCUCGGCCCUCCAAGUCCCCCAGCUGCCCAUGAACUGGAGUCCCUUGUGCACCCCCGCCCCCAGGACUGGUCCCCACCGCUCUCAGACCUGGAGGACAGGGCUGAAGUGCACAGCCUUAUGGGAGGCGGUGUCUCUGACGGCCGGAGCCACUCCAAGAGAAAGAUCUCCUGGGCUCAGCCCGGUGGGCCAAGCUGGGCAGGUUCCUGGGCGGGCUGUGAGCUGCCCCAGGCAGGCCCCAGGCCCGCUGUGACCCGGGCCCUGCUGCCCCCUGCGGGGACCGGGCAGACGCUGUUGCUGCAGGCUCUGGUGUAUGACGCCAUCAAGGGCAAUGGGAGGAAGAAGGCGCCACCGGCCUGCAGGAACCAAGUGGAGGCGGAGGUCAUUGUCCACUCGGACUUCAGUGCCUCCAACGGGAGCCCUGACCUCCAUCUCCAAGACCUGGAGCCCGAGAGUCCGCCUCCUUUGGAGGCUCCUGAUCUCACCUCGACAGGCACUGGGGGUCUCGGGCAGGGGGCAGACUGGCCGGACAGGGGCCUGGGAGGGUGUGAGGCGGCAGCCCCGGGGCCAGACAGGCUCAGCUGCCUACCAGAGGCGGCCAGUGCUCCCUGUCCCUUCCCGGACCUCCCGCCCAGUGAGGCCUUGGAAGAGGCCCCUGGGAACAGCUGCCAGCCCAAAGCCCCCUGCCCGCUGGGAGCCAGCCCCAGCCUGCCCAGAGCUCCGGUCUCCUCCUCUGCUUAGCUCCCUAGAAGGCACCCUUCCCUAACAACAUGGCUACCUCAUGCCCACUUCAAGGCCAUGGCUGGGCUCCUGUACCCGCUGUGGACCUCCCCCUACACCCUCCUGCCCCCUCUGCUCUCAGCACCCCGCACGCCCCCUCUGCAGGCCUAUGGCUCACCCCAGGCAGGCAUGCGGCCCCAGCCCCCCGCCGCCCGGGCUCGGCCCCGGCCGGAGCCCCGGCGCCGGCCCUGGCGCCGACCCCGCGGGACGCUGUGA